AUGGAUCUAUCUAUCUAUCUAUCUAUCUAUCUAUCUAUCUAUCUAUCUAUCUAUGUUAACCUUUCUUUUCUAAUCUAUUUGUGUGUCUGUCUUGCCUGUCAUCGGAUGAAUGGAUCUAUCUAUCUAUCUAUCUAUCUAUCUAUCUAUCUAUCUAUCUCUUUUUUGAUCGAGUCAAGUUAUCGACGUGAGAUAUUAUGUAUAUUCACUAAUAUCUAUCUAUCUAUCUAUCUAUCUAUCUAUCUAUCUAUCUAUCUAUCUAUCUCAUUCUGUUCAUAUUUCUAUUUAUCUCCCACCGUCUCUUUCUUUCUUUCUUUCUUUCUAUUUCUAUCUAUCUAUCUAUCUAUCUAUCUAUCUAUCUAUCUAUCUAUCUAUCUAUGCCAUUCUGUUCAUCUCUACCUCAUUCUGUUCAUAUCUAUCUAUCUAUCUAUCUAUCUAUCUAUCUAUCUAUCUAUCUCAACCUCCUCCCAUCUAUCUAUCUAUCUAUCUAUCUAUCUAUCUAUCUAUCUAUCUAUGAUAUGUCUUCCUAACAGUUGGACUAUUCCUGUUGUUUCUCAUCUAUCUAUCUAUCUAUCUAUCUAUCUAUCUAUCUAUCUAUCUAUCUAUCUAUCUUCCCAAUUUUCAUUCAUAUCUAACUAUUGGCUGGGCAUCUCUCAGUAUAAUUUUUUAUCUAUCUAUCUAUCUAUCUAUCUAUCUAUCUAUCUAUCUAUCUCAGCCUGUUAUCUAUCUAUCUAUCGAAAAAAAUCCUAA